AUGGUCAAACAGACUGUUUUCACCACCAUUACGCCCCUCCCCUCGUACAUCAGCAGAGACAUAGUUGUGGAGACACUGCAUAACCAUAAGGAGAUGAUAGAGCUGAAUCCUCUGGUCAUCAAUUUCGCUCAAUGCAAACCUCCCAGCUUCGCGCCCGCAGACGAGUUCCACACCAUUUGGUACGAAUUGACCGACAGAAUCUCAUAUCUACCUGGAGGGCUUCUUCAAGGCAAUGUCACCUACAAAGGCUGUUUCCAUGAUCUUCCACGCGGCCUGCAAACACAUGUCUACGCACCGACGGGACUCGAUAUUCGUGAUAAAUGGACUGUCUGCGGGAAUAUGCCGGGCGAACCUCGCGAGACCAUCGAGCUGGGCUUACCAGAGGCCCCCCGGGAGGGAUUGUACCUGCGGGAGGACGUCCAGAUGCGAUGUCAGAUCUGGGCCACGAGCUUUGUCAAAAAGACCCUGAAGAAAGCACAUUCAACGCUGGUCGAUCGACUGAUCAUGAAAGCAAAUCUUCUGAAAGAACGUGCGGAAAGCAACUCUGUCUCCUUGGGUUCUCCGACCUCGUCUUCGCAUAGAUUUUCAGUAGCGUCCGCUGAAUUACCAGUGCUGGAGCAUGGUCAAACAAUGCAUUCGCCCCGUGAAAAAUGGCAGCAGGUUCAUGGACCGAAUGGUGCAGCCAAUAAAAAAAAUCCCUUCCCAUCAGCCAACGAACUUCCUGGGUCAUUACGCCCUGGACAACUAUCGGGCCUGGCAACACCGGAAAUUCAAAUUAAUGGCGUGUCUGAAUCCAGUAUAUCGGGGCAGCGUACAGGGGUAUCCCAGAAUCAGGAGAGGCACUCGCGCCGAUCGUCGUAUCCGGGCAAAACACUAUAUGAAUUGGAAUAG